UCUACAAGUGGUCAGGGCUGUCUGCAGCUCUUUCAACUUCCCUUUAUAUGACUAAACUUUGAACAGUUUUUAUAAGGUUAACUGGUGUUAUGCAGCUUGUGUUGUUGCUCGAUGGAAAUGAAAGCUUAUGAUGGACUUACAUAAUGUGUUUAUUCCUCUACUUCUGUCUUGCACCUCUGUGUUUACAGUACUUUAUGGACAGAAAGUUGUCACUGAUCCUAAGGUUACUGUGUACCAGGGUAAUGAUGUCACACUGUUAUGCCAAUAUAUCCGUCGAAGCACAGAAGACAAAAUUACACAAGUGCGGUGGACAUGGCAGAAUCAGUCCAGUGAAUAUAAAAUCAUGGUCUUUCACAAUGAUUAUGGUCUUCAUAUACAUGAGACACCCCUGAAAGACAGAGUCAGCUUCAGUAAGAGCUCUCCUUCAAUCGACGAGGCCUCCAUCAUCAUCAGAGAUGUGAAGAUAAGUGAUAAGGGACUUUACAGCUGUGACAUCACAAUCUACCCUGGAGGGAGUCUUACAGGACAAACCACUCUUAUAGUGUUAGAAGACAGUCGUCCUGUUCUGUCCACCGCUGAGGCUGUAGGGAUUGGGACUGCUGUAGUGAUCAUCACUCUGAUUAUUGUUGUUGUGGGGUAUCUAUUCCUGCAAAACAGACGACGAACCGGCAGAACUUUCACUUAUUACACAACUCAGAGCCCCAGUGACCUACAACAGGAUGUCACAAUACUGAAAUCAGGCAAGGCUAACAGAAGCACCUCAUCAUCAUGGGACACUGAAUACACUGCGGUUUCCUUCAGCUUGUGGUCAGAAUCAGCGUCACUGCGAGCCUCAGCCAAUCAGAUUGCUUUGAUUUUCCAAACAAUAGAGCAGGAGACUGUGAACGCACAGGCGAAGAUAGACUGAUUUUGAGUUCAAAUGUCAAAGAUAAUUACAUGUUUCUAUUAUUGAAUGAGGUGUUUGUACAGUAGAGAAUUAUACAGCUUGAGCAUCUAUAGCAGCAGACAAUAAAACUCCAGCUUAUAAGAAGCAAAACGUCAUUGACCUUUAGUAUGGAAAAUAAUUAAUGAAUAAUUAUUGUUAUCAUUCUUUCCUGAUUUCAUCCCCGUUUCUCUCUCCCACUGUGCUUCUUGUCAAAACGUAUUGUACUAUUAA